AUGCGCCCUGCCUCCAGCGGGUGGCGCUCGAGUCCGACUGAACGGCGGCGGCGGGUGGCGGGCACGCGCCUGGGGCGCGCGCGCCACCCCUCUUGCCUCCACCCAACUCCCCCAUUAGUGCACGAGUUUACCUCUAGAGGUCAUCAGGCAGGAUUUACGACUGGACAACAAAAGCACGUGAUUCGAAGUCGUACCCCAUAUUUGGGUGCCUACGUAGGAGGGAACCAAGUACAUGUCCCAGUCAUUUCCAUAAUUCAUCAUAAAUUGUGCAAGGGUGCUAUAGACGCACAAACGACCGCGAGCCACAAAUCAAGCACACAUAUCAAAAAACAAAUGAGCUCUUAUUUUGUAAACUCAUUUUGCGGUCGCUAUCCAAAUGGCCCGGACUACCAGUUGCAUAAUUAUGGAGAUCAUAGUUCCGUGAGCGAGCAAUUCAGGGACUCGGCGAGCAUGCACUCCGGCAGGUACGGCUACGGCUACAAUGGCAUGGAUCUCAGCGUCGGCCGCUCCGGCUCCGGCCACUUUGGCUCCGGGGAGCGCGCCCGCAGCUACGCGGCCGGCGCCAGCGCGGCGCCUGCCGAGCCCAGGUACAGCCAGCCGGCCACGUCCACGCACUCGCCUCCGCCCGACCCGCUGCCCUGCUCCGCCGUGGCCCCCUCGCCCGGCAGCGACAGCCACCACGGCGGGAAAAACUCCCUGGGCAACUCCAGCGGCGCCUCGGCCAACGCCGGCAGCACCCACAUCAGCAGCAGAGAGGGGGUUGGCACGGCGUCCGGAGCCGAGGAGGACGCCCCCGCCAGCAGCGAGCAGGCGAGCGCGCAGAGCGAGCCGAGCCCGGCGCCGCCCGCCCAACCCCAGAUCUACCCCUGGAUGCGCAAGCUGCACAUAAGUCAUGACAACAUAGGCGGCCCGGAAGGCAAAAGGGCCCGGACGGCCUACACGCGCUACCAGACCCUGGAGCUGGAGAAGGAGUUCCACUUCAACCGCUACCUGACCCGCCGAAGAAGGAUUGAAAUAGCACAUGCUCUUUGCCUCUCUGAGAGACAAAUUAAAAUCUGGUUCCAAAACCGGAGAAUGAAGUGGAAAAAAGAUAAUAAGCUGAAAAGCAUGAGCAUGGCGGCGGCGGGAGGGGCCUUCCGCCCCUGAGUAUUUGAGCGUUUAAAGUACUGAGCAGUAUUAGCGGAUCCCGCGUAGUGUCAGUACUAAGGUGACUUUCUGAAACUCCCUUGUGUUCCUUCUGUGAAGAAGCCCUGUUCUUGUUGCCCUAAUUCAUCUUUUAAUCAUGAGCCUGUUUAUUGCCAUUAUAGCGCCUGUAUAAGUAGAUCUGCUUUCUGUUCAUCUCUUUGUCCUGAAUGGCUUUGUCUUGAAAAAAAAAUAGAUGUUUUAACUUAUUUAUAUGAAGCAAGCUGUGUUACUUGAAGUAACUAUAACAAAAAAAAAGAGGAAAAAAAACACACAAAAAAGUCCCCCUUCAACCUCGUUUAGUGCCAAUGUUGUGUUGCACUCCAGUUGUUUAACUGUGCAUGUGAGUGGAAGUGUUCCUGUCUCAAUAGCUCCAAGCUGUUAAAGAUAUUUUUAUUCAAACUACCUAUAUUCCUUGUGUAAUUAAUGCUGUUGUAGAGGUGACUUGAUGAGACACAACUUAACUUGUUUGACGUGUAGUGACUAGUGACUCUGUGACGAAAACUGUGACUCCAAGCGGUGUGUCCCUGCGUGCCUUUUGUAGGACCCUUUGCACGAACUCUGGAAGUGGCUCUUAUAAGCGCAGCUUCAGUGAUGUAUGUUUUUGUGAACAAAGUUACAAAUAUUGUCCGAGUCUGGCUGUUUAAGCAAACUGUGAUCAGCUUUUUUUUUUUUUUGUAUUUGUUUUUAAGGAAAAAAUACUGACUGGAAACAAAAAAAUAAACUUUCUAUUGUAAGUUC